CUACAGAUAGUCAGUCUUGUGAAAACCUUCGACGUGAUAGGAGUGACAAUUAGAACUGUAAAGCAGAAGAUUCAGUCAAACGAGUGUUCAACUUGAGAAAAUCUUAAUAAAUAAUUUUGUGAAAAUAUGAAAUCAUUCAUGUGCUUGACCCUUUUGGGUCUCGUUUUGUUUGUGGCUUACGCAAAUGCCGGUUGUGAUGAUAAUUCAAAAGAAUCCGAUGAAGGUGAUGUUAAAUCAUGGUUUAAAAAUCUCGGCUGUUCCAUUAAGAAAGGUGCUGAAGAUCUCGGUGAGCAAGCAAAACCAAUUGCAAGCAAAAUAAGUGAGACAGCUAAGGAUUUUGGAAAUACAGUAGCACAGAAAUAUGAUGAGUUGAAGCACAAACUCACUGACGAUACAGCGCAAGCAGCCUCAAGUUCAACUCCAAUUAACUUAGGCGCACCAACUGAAAAGGUACCGUUAGCACCAUUACAUGGUGAAGUGCCAAUCCCGACACCAACAGCCUAAUGAAUGUCCAAAAGGCCAAGUGCUGGAUCACAGAAAUAUGUGUCGACCAGAGUAAAAAAACAACAACAAAUACUGUGAUCCAGUCUCACUUGUGAUAUCUUUGCACCGAUUUCUGGAUUGACCUGUGAGAUUUUUAUUAAAAUAAAAACUUUAGAAAAAACUGUUAUUAACACCAAAAAAAUAUUGAUGAUUAGAGAGAAUAUAACUAAAAAGAUGAGAUAAUGACGAUUAUGAUGAUGAUGAACA